GUAGCUUGUUGACCACACAGCUCCUGCAAAGUGUCCUCGUAGAGGCGAAGUGGAAAAAAGCGAGUUCCUCUAGUACAACUCAGGAACAAGCACCACAGCGGGUGCCGGACCACAGCUCGCCGCUUGCUCAGGACGACGUCGGAGAUAUUUUCGUGUUCGGCGCUACUUCUCCUUCUGGGGGGACAGGGACAGGCCGUAGCCGUACGUUUGUUCGCCGCGGUCGCAGCUUCAAGAACGGAAGUUCGUCGAGUACAGCAGCUGCAGCCGGUGUCGUGUCCUCCUCGAAUUACGGCGAGGAAUCAUUUCUAAGUAGAAACCGGAACAAGAAGAGGGCGGUGUUUUCAGAGCAGGAGCAAAGUCUCCGCCAACUGUACCUGCACCUGCAGCCGGCGCAAUCUGUCUACGUGCCUGAGCCUGGUCCCAAUGAUUUUCAUUUUCGCGGUGAAGAUGUUCCUGGUGUUCCGCUCGAAAAGGGAAGUGCUGUUCUGCUGCACCAACAACACGGUCGUGAUGGAGGUGGUUCCCGAGAAGAAGCAGGAGUUUUAGAAGUACCUCGUCCAGCAAUUAUAGCAGGCGAAGAUGGCGCAUCCGCAUCUACUUCUCAGGAACAGCAUGAAAACGACGAGGGAAUUCAAAUUCAGCAGGAACAACAAACUGAAACUUCUGGCAUAAAUGCUCUGGCGGAUUUGAUGCAUCAAAUGGAAAUUUCGCCACGGGACGAGAUUGUGGAAGCACAGCAUGACGAACCGUCGGAAGUCGAUGUUGAAACCGAAAGCACUCCUGAGGAGGCGGAACACGAAGACGAGCUACAUGGUCUGAUGAGCCAAGGAAAUGUGGAAAACCACGAUGACGAAAGUGAAAGAGAGGAUGAGGACAAUGAAGAUCCCAAUAACACGGAUCACGAUCAUGAUGAACAAGUAGUCGAACCUGAGCCCUGGAGGUGGUUCCCUCUCGUUUCAAAAAAUGGAAGCGGCGGAGAUCUCGACGUUUUGCCGCAAGCCGUGCAGGAGCGUAUUGCAAGCCAUUUUUUCGAGGAGGAGGUCGACGAAGACGCGUUGGCGGAGAUUUUGCCGCUCCCCGCGCCCUGGGAAGAGCGGAAAGACGAGACCUUUCCCGGCAAGCCGCUCUUUGUCAAUCCCGUCACCGGGGAGGCAACUCUGGCCCGACCGCGCCGUCCUCCGCUUGGACCUGACUAUCUUAUCGACAGGGAAGAGCAGAGAUAUUCAUCGCACUAGUAGUCGUGAGCAUGCUUGUGGUCUAGUAUGUACAUGUAGUUGGCAGAUGCAUCUACUUGAGAGGAACCACAAACGCAGUCUGUCUGUCGUGCUGGAAACGUCACAUUCACGGUCAAAAAGAGAAAAGAGAAAUUUGUGCUGUUGGAUUCCAAGAAAACCUACGAUUGCGAGACUUUUGCACAGCAUGCGUCGGGCAGUCAAAAGUUUAGGUGGGCGUGUUGCCUACCACAAUGUCGUGCACGAUCUGUACCAAUGGGAGCAUCCUGGAGAGAUGGAAGAAAUUGAGUACCUCAAUGACGAUGAGUAUGCUAGAGAUGUCAGAUGUGUGUAAUGAAAUCGACAAAAUGCAAGUGCUGGUAUGCAUCAUAAGCAUCUGGUGUAAUUCUACUCACUGCAAAGUACGUGUUGGUAACCAUGACCAGUGGGCGAGCAGAUCGUUAUUUCGAGGCAAACAUUUUUCGAGCACCCGAUGGGACAAAUUGUAGGCCCAAGAAGUACUUCUUGUGUUGCUUUUUUAUUGCGAUCCCACGACAAGAGGUUUUUUUUGCAUUUUUACGAUGUCCACCCACGACCUGACACCUACAUACUGUUCUGGCGGAACUCGUACUUCCCGAGCCCUGGGUCCGGGUGGGGACACCACCGGCCGACCCGGUAUCAAAUGUAAAAAUGUCUGGGUCUGGAAGAAUGCAAGAUUUGUGAUGCAGGUUUUCCAUGACCCAUGAGGUCUGGAAUGCGAGACCCAGCAUGACAGAUUCUUUGAGGUCUCUAUCGUGCCUUUCUUGCGUGAGAAACUCCCUCUCAACGUGGUCAAAUGCGGACAGCUUUUGGCACUCACGCAACACAGAUUUUUGCAUCAUUCAGAUUUAGCAAGACAGGUUCUAAUCUUCCAGACCCAGACAUUUUUGCAAUCCAUACCCGGAGCUGUAUCACAAUUCUGUCACGGGCGAGUUGACAUCGACCCGGCCUCGGCUGCCGCCUCUCAUGGGAAGCCCGACCUGGCGUGCCUACCGCACGACCAACCCGGUGGGCCCGAUAUGGUACUGGAAUAUGGAGACCGGACAUUGUCAGGCCGAACACCCGGGCGGCCGUGUGGAGGCAGAACGAGCAGAACAAGACCACGUGGUCGCUCCACCGCAGCACGAUGUUGACCUUCAGGGUCAGGCUUCGGAAGAGGACGUCGUGCACGACGUAGCAGCACGAGACCAUCGAGAAGGUGGAAUAAACCUUCCGGCCGUGCUGGAAGGUCCGGCUCCGGUCGCGGAGGGGGAAUAAACACGAGCGGAGGCCUGGUAGAAACCGGUCCUCCCGGUGGGUCCGACGUAUGGUAAUUGUAUACCUCACUCAUAGGUACUGGCACUCGCACUACAGCUAUUUGAAGUGCGAAGGAUGAAGUCAUGCCAUCGUGUUUCCGAACUCAAAAUAAUGUAAGUAUAAAAUGAAAAUAUCGUUAUCGUAUUCGUAUACCUAUACGACGAACAGAAACAGUUGAAGAGAGUGGAAAAGAUCAGGAGCAGAACUAGGACCAGUCACAGGCUCUUGUAGAAAUAAUCGAGCCAGGAUUUUUAGUUCUUGUUGAGCUGUGACAUUCAGUGUCUAUACAUUUACAUAGGACUGCAAGCAUUCAAAUCGGUUGUUAUUGACUUUAUUUCGAGUGCUGGAGGCAUUCAUACGGCCUACACCUACAUGCAGACGUCUGCGAGGCAUGUUAUUGUCGUUGAUGUUGUGCGACGAGGAUGUUGCGCCACUGAGGUCCACCAACGGCGAAGCUGUGAAAAGAGUUUUUCCACAUGCUCGCCACAUAUGGAUGGACGUUUUGUUUUGCGGCUACAGAAGGACUUACUAGAAUUUUCUGUCUUUGCUUUAUUUUUCGAAUUCGGCAUUGCAGCCUGAAAAAGGAGCAAGAGAAGCAUAUAUUGAACAAUUUUUGACGAUGAUGUUGUACAUGGUCAUGGAUUUGGAUAUGCAUAAAGCUUCAUUAUGGAUCGCAGCAAGCGGAUCAUGUGAAAUAGUUUGGAGGAGCGCCACGACCACUCGAAGGCAUUGUAUGAUUGAAGAACGUAAACAAGACAAAAAGAUCAAGAUGAAUUUGAAUGAUCGAAGAAAAAUAAUUGAAGCAAGACGAGAGGGAAUAAACGAUCCUCAGUGGUUUUUAUGUGCAAACAUUGUUUGCCAGCAUGCGUUGCGUGGGA